UUACUCUUGGCAUUGACGGUCAAUUUCAUGUCAUAGGGCUAUUUGGACCCAGAGUACUACAUGACACAACAGCUCUCAGAUAAGAGUGACGUGUACAGCUUUGGUGUCGUCAUGCUAGAGAUACUGAGUGGCAGGUUGCCUAUAUCAAAGGGAAGGUAUAUCGUCCGGGAAUUCAGGAUGGCUAUAAACCCCAAUGACCACGACUACUAUGGCCUGCAAGGCAUCGUGGACCCAGCCAUCCACGAUGCCGCACAUACUGCAAGGUUCAGAAGGUUCGUGCAGCUGGCCAUGGAGUGCGUGGACGAAUCAGCCUCGCGGAGGCCCACCAUGAACUCUGUGGUGAAGGAGCUUGAGGCGAUGCUGCACAGCGAGGGGCUGAGCUCGGGCAGUUCAUCCACCCUGGAGUUUGAGCACGCGGGGACCGCCUCCACCUCGCACCUAUACAGUGGAGAGGUGGUCAUGGCCCGCUAA